CAAUAGGGAUCUGAUCGCAGACUCACAUAGUCGGUUCCUACCCAAUUAGGCGCAGUUGUAAACAUGCCAAGCCCUUAUGUAAUACGCCUAUUUUUCACCGGCGCGAACUAACGCGUCUUUAGGGCAGACACUCACGUACAUUGACCUUUGAUCUUCUCUACCUGGGAUGAUACUCAUCCAGUGUGGCUUCAGGCGGAAUGGCGUCGUCAGUGAAACCAACACCUUCCAUCAAGGCUCGAUUCUCCAAAUCAACCGCAGAGCUGGUUUCCGGUUGCCAAAAGGCUGCUAAAUCGAAGCAAUGGGAUGUCGCCAUUCAACUUGCCAGUGCAGCCCUGCAGGAAAGUGAUGGUAUGUCUGGUCGAGACCGGGUGACGAUACUUGAUACGCGUGUUGCUCUCUACCUUCGCAUGAACGAAGUUGAUCUUGCCAUCAAAGAUGCCAAAGCCAUGAUUCGCCAGGAUCGCACAGAUGGAAGAGGCUAUAUUCGCUGUGGCCAAACUGAACGGGCCAGAGGCCAUUUUUCCGCGGCGGUCAAUUUCUAUCGGCAUGGCUUGAAGCAUGUACAGUGGUCCAGCCAGUAUGUCCAGUCAAUCACGAAAGAGAUGGACGCCGUGCAAGAACAGAUCCGAAUCGCAACAAUGAGCUCCAAGCCCGUCGACCCGAUGGAAGCUCUUCCGCUUGAGACUGCUCAACACAUCCUUUCCUUCAUCUCGUACAAACAGCAUGUCCGGCUCCUGCGUGUUUGCAGAGCCUGGAACAGACUACUUCGCAGUCUACGUCCCUUGACCGACACCCUGGCUUUUCCGGACGCAAGCAAAGAUAUCACGCCGAAAAUGCUUCUUGCCGCUCUCAGACGACUCAAAGUUCCAAUUGCAGUUUAUGCCACGCGUUUGAAUGAUGCUGCCCGCUCGAUUCUUGCCAACCGACUUCAAGCGUGGCAAAACUUCCAGGCGCUCUCAACACUCGAAGUCCAGAGUAAGCUCAUUCCGCCACUUGCUUUGCCCCUUUCCAAAUACAACCUAAAGAGCCUCAAAUUCGGUCCAUCGACGUUUGUGGAACCGAAGGAUCUCAGCGAGAUCCUUAAGCAAUGUCCAGGCCUUGAAACGGCACACUUUACUGUUGUUCGAGCAUUCUCCAUUGGGACGUCUCAGCCACCGCUAGAUGUUUGUCUCCAAAGCCAGGUUCUACAGCACCUUCAUCUUGACGCUCCGGGCGAGCAUCUUGACGUAACCACGUUUUUCGCGCGAUUGCCAGGGCUGAGGUCUUUAUCUGUUUCCGGUGUACACGGGAGGCACCCACCCCACUCAGGAGUACAGCACGUCCUUGACCUACGGUAUAUGGUGGGCCUGGAAACACUCAGACUAAUUCAGUGCGCGAUUCCCAAGCUAUACCUCCCGCCCUCUCUGAAAGACCUGGACGUCUCUGGGAGCUAUUUCUUCUCUGAAGAUCACUUGACAGAAAGUAAUCCCACCACUCUACCUAAUCUGGAGCGACUUACGAUAUGGAGAAGCCAUGCGCCGCCUCCAAUUUCUAUUUUCUCCAAGGGUCGCGGUAUCCAUCUGGAAAAGCUAUCAGAACUUACCAUGCUUAUUGACCAACAGUCGGAAUCAAUAUUCGCAACACUCAUGGAGUCUGGAUGGCUUGCUGGUGUGCGUCGACUUCACCUGGCAGGCUCAGCGGUCGUUAACAGAUACGCCGAACAGCUGCCGCAAUGCCUGCGCUCUAUCGAGGACUUAUGCCUCGAAGAAACCUCGAUCGACGGCACAUUCCUUGCAGACUUGCUCAAUGCCCUAGAAUUGCUCCACAACAACAAAUUGAAGAAGAUCACCCUGAAAGAUUGUUACCAAGUUUCGCGAGACGUUGUUCCAUGGGGCAAGGCGCGCGGCGUUGAAAUCAACCUAGUUCGCACUCGAUAUGAUUUCAGUGGCCGGCAAAUACGUGACGCGCAGUAGAUGCGCCAUCAGAGGGGCCCAGAGUAUGCUUUCAGUUGUCUGGUUUGUCCACUGCCGCCAAUGUCAGAUGGUCAAGGGGACAUGUUCG